GUUUGAAGAUGUAUGUUUCUAUCAAUAGCAUUCCGAAGCAUACGGUAUUGUGAGAAAGCAGCACAAGCGGUAAGCAGCAUGCACCAAACGUCUUUCGAACGCCCCGCAGGCAUCGGUGUGCUGGUGUAUUUGUAAAGUAAAAACGUAGCUUUGUGAAAUAAUGCCGUUCAUGCACUGUAGUGUACCGGAUUGAGCGGAACACUGAUAACAAAACGGUGCACCAUUAGCAGCACACCACACGGGGCACACACGGGUCGAUAGCAUAUUUCAUCUCUUCCCCUCCCGGACGGAAGCCGUGGGUGCAAGUAAAAAUGACCUUUCGCAGCAUUCGUUUGUCCUACAUUGCAAUAUGGAACAUCUUCUUGGUGCUACCAAUCGUCACCUCUGACAAUGACUAUAUCUCAGGCUACCAUCGUCGAUUGCACCCGAUGACCCCAGUGUCGUGGACAUCAAAAGAUGGACACGAUACGAGGGACAAUCUGGUGAAAACGAUCAACAUUUUCAUCGAGGAACAGGCGCGUCGCCGCUUUCUCGAGCAUCUGCAGCGACUGCAGGCGGCAGGAAGCAAAAGCAUACCGGCCCCUUCGUAUCUUGGCACGGGCGAACUGUCGGACGAGUAUCGGCCAACGUACACGUACCAGUUGCCGCUAAACAAUCAGAUUGACUCAAGCGAACCGAUUAACUUUGCCGUUGGUCCCAGCGAUCCUCGAUUCUACGACCAAACUACUGGCCUGGGCCGUGAAUCGGACCUCGAUGAGCUCGGCGGUGCGCUGGGUGACGGUGGCGAUGGACCGUCUCCCUACGACAGCACGGAACGGCUCGGAACUGGACUGAACGAUGGUCGUUCCGUGUUGGCACCGGGCGGUGAAAGCGUCGCCGCCCAGAAGCCGAUUGAGGACUACCGCCAUCCACCACCACCACCUCCGAUACGUCCCAAGAUUGGAAAGGGUACGAACGGGCGCAAACCAUUCAAGAAUGGAACACUGACGACCCUAUCUACUACCGCGUCGGAUCGGAGCAGCUCCAACGGCGUCGUGCAGCAACCGAUCGAGAUCGGCACCGGAUUGGGCAUGUAUCUUAUUGCACUGAUCGCUGGUAUCAGUGCAGCCAUUACGGUAGCCCUUAUUUCGAUAGGUUUCGGAUGGUACACCCUUCACAAAAGGACCAAAGCGGCAGCGGACGUUGAGUAUCCGGCGUACGGUGUAACGGGACCAAACCGGGACUCGGCCGCAGGUAUCGGGGUAGCAGCGGCCACCGCAGGCGAUCGAAAGCUCGCACAGAAUGCGCAAAUGUACCACUACCAGCAUCAGAAGCAACAAAUAAUCGCAAUGGAAAAUACGACGCGCAGUGCGGCCCACUCGGAACAGCCGAGCGAGGAUGAGAACGAGGAAGGUGACUACACCGUCUACGAAUGUCCUGGGUUGGCACCGACCGGUGAAAUGGAGGUGAAGAAUCCUCUCUUCUUGGAGGAUGGGCCUAUUAAUGGUGUCUCCCUGCAGCCAUCGAUUAGCGGCGAAGGCCCAGCUAUUGGGGUGGUAUAUUUGGAAAAAGCGGUACAGCCGCAGGCUCACAACAAUUCGAAGAAAUCGGGAGAAUAAGCCUAAACCCUUGACAAGUGUUGCAGAUGCCGCUCACAUUGAUAUCCCGUUCCUUGUCCAAUAUCCAGUACCUAACAUUUCAGAUCAGUGUUUUUAGUCAUACGUCUUAGCCUGAAGCAAUCUAUGAAGCUUUGCCGAUGCUCCCUGUCCAUUCAAGGCCUAAGGUUUUACAUUUCAUUCCAAUCAAUUCGUCGUCUUCAUUGAAUGGGAUUGCUACUGCAGCAUCCAAUAACUUACUCCUACUUCUAAAACUGUUAUCAAACAAUGCCAAUAUUUUACACUUUAAACUUCUUCUCUAUACUAUUAUUAUUAUUAUUACAUUCUCCCAAUCCUUUCAUGAUGGAUCCGAAUCCGGUCAUGUAAAACAAAACGAACAAACUGAUAACUUGAACAAAGUUACUGUAGCAUGUUAGAGUAACAGUGCAUGAUGAUCAAUAUAUAUAUACACUUUGAAAUGAUAAAAUAAACUUCUAUAUUUAUACACAUACACAACCAAAACACAUAUACAUAACUAUAUAUAUAUAUCAAUGUUAAUAAAUUGUAUCGAAUCAGAGAUUUUAUUCUUGCCUAAGCAAUGUGCAAUUAAAAACCAAAACCAAAUAGCAGCAACCAGUCGAAGAGGCUAUAGUCAAAUGAUGAGUCGAGUUUUAGUGGCACCUGAAGGUGCGGAAUGUUGCUAGGACAGAAAGAAGAUGCAUGAUAGGGACUGUAUGAUAGAACACGAACGAACAAUUGUACCAGAGCAUCAGCAUUUAUAGACUUGUGCGAGAACUAUAAUCACUAGGGAGAGUGAAACACGAUAGGCAUUUUAAAUACGAACGCACGUGUACGGGCUCGAAUGUGUAGCGCUGAUGGCAAAUGGUCUAAUUUAACUAUACUUGUAAUGAUCGUCUACUAACCGAACAGUACCGUAUGAGGAGCGAAAUCACUGGUGAAAAUGUAUAACGCAUGCCCAGUCCAAUAAUACCCAUCAUUUCCCUCGUACGUGUGCUGUCAAUUGCCGUAGAACAGAUUUUCUUGAACAUUUUCCCAGUGACAGGUUGAAGGACAUGGACACAUUUUGAAAAACAAAAGCCAACAUAUACUUUGAGCCACUCGUGUGGAUUAAGAUUGGUGCAAUACACCGAUCAGCAAGUACAGGGGCAACCGUAGUUUGAACAAAAGAAUAAAACUUGUGUACUUCAACAACAAUGUGUGAAUAAAAUAAAUACAUAGCGUCAUGUACAUGUGCAUACUAUAUAA